AUGACAUUCGGCCUCCUCAUUUCCGGAACCUCCGAGCCGCCCACCAUUCAGGGUAUCUACAGCACUGAUCCGUGCGAAGUCCUCGUCGAGCAGAAGUUGGUGCUCGACCUGAACGGAACCUGGGUGAACACGCCCCAGAAACCCUCGAGGAAGAACAAGAACCCUCCCCAGGUGUACACUCUGAGCAACACUGUGAACGAGACCGCUCUGCCGCAGCCUCGCCCUGAUGGUGCUCCCAAGGGCAACGCCUGGGAGGACGGGAGCCAGGAUCAUCUGAUCCUGGCGCACAUGCGGGAUUCCGGCGAGGUGGAGGUGCUGGAAGACGUGAUGGAGGAGGAGCAGGAUGAACUGGUCCCCAACCCGUUCUACCCGGCCCCCGUGGUCACCCCUCCCGAUGUGACCGUCGAGAUGGAGGAGGAGGCCGUGCUGGCCGAUGAAGCAGAAGAGGCCGAUGAGGAGGCAGUACCUGCUAAGUCAGACUCGAGCGAGUCCGACGAUGGAAACGCAAACGAAGCUGACGAGUGGAGCAACGAAGGGGAUGAAUGGUGGGCCCCUGGUCGCUAUGAGGGGGCUGAGGUAGAGGAGUGGGUGGCGGGUGACGAAGAUGAGUAG